AUGGAUCCUGCGACGGGAUUCACAAAUGUGUACAACUCCUUCUGUAGGAUGAUUGGCGUUUGGCGGCGACUGCGCGAGGGAGGGGACGAAGGGACGGUCGUCUUCGUGACGCUUGAGGGCGAGGUUGUCGCCAAGCCUUACAGCUACACCGCUGCUCAGCGAGACGAAGCAAUUCUUGCCGCCGCAGGUAUCCGUGGACGCGGCAGAGGGAGCCGCAUAGAAGUCCCAGAAAGUAUCCCACCAUACGCCUUUUCAUCUUUGACGAGUAGACCUGCAGCUGCUUCGUGGAGAUCUCUGGUGUACUGCGCUCCCACAUCGGGCGGAAAGAGCCUUGUGGCGGAAGUCUUGAUUUCUCGACGUCUUUUGUUUGAGGGAGUGCGUUCGCUUGUUGUAGUGCCGCAUGUCUCCCUCUGUGCGGAAAAGGUCCAGCACCUGCGUCAUCUGUUGGGCCCGUUGACGUUACGAAUCGAGGCCUUCCACGCUGGAGCCAAUGCCGCGUCGAACUGGUACGCAGGAAUAGAUGUGGCGGUCUGCACACUGGAGAAGGCUAACAUGAUAAUCAACAGGUUGGUGCUGGACUUGCUAGUCCCCGAAAUUGCAACGGCGGAGAGCACCGGUGACAGCCCGGAGCCGCCGGUCGAAUGUAAGGUACCGGGGAAAAGUUCUUUUUGCGGCCCACAGGAUGAGGUUUGCUACUGGGCAAGCCAGUGCUGGGACAGCGUGUGUUGCCGCAUGCCUGUCAUUGGGGAGCAUUUUCCCGUUGGGCUGGUGUGCGUCGACGAACUUCAUUUCGUUGGAGAUCCCCAAAGGGGCCACCUCCUCGAAAUGCUUCUAGCGAAGCUGGUUUUUAUAAAUCGGUCCCUUAAGCAACCGAUUCAGCUGGUUGGCAUGUCCGCCACCCUCCCAAACGCCCCGCAAGUUGCCAAGUGGCUGGGUGCAGAGGUUUUCGUCACCGACGAGCGUCCUUCCCCUCUAGACAUCUUCGUAAAGAUCGGUCCAGAGGUAUUUGCGUGGGACAAAGCUGCAGGAUUGCAGAUUACGCGUAAACUCCAUGAUGGGUCCCUUUCUUUGCCCCCUGUCGGGGAGGCGGCAACCAGCGCUGCAGCCCAGUCAGUGCGGUUGGCUGCUUCUCAGUACGCUGCUGUUUCAACUGGAUCACUAACUGCUGGCGCAGAGCUCGCAGACAGCGCGGAGGUGGUCGCAGAUCACGCUUCAAUUGCUGCUGCAGCUCUGCGCAUUAUAAGAGAACAGGCCGAUGCCUCCCUGCAGCCGCCUUCCCGUACUAGGGGUGGGGUUGAACGAGCCACGGAGCCAAAACAGGCCAACUCAGAAGGAAGUCGCUUUGGGUGGCAGGCCGAUGCUGAACAUUUGGGGAUGCUGACGUGGGAAAUGUUGCGGGAAGGCCGCAGAGUCAUAGUCUUCUGCCCGACUCAGGAGUGGACAGCCCGCACAGCAUCGUUCCUCGCUAAGGUUUUGCCAUUCUACCGACGAGCGGAAGCAUGGGCUGACCUGGUCAGACAACGUGCUGUCUUAUAUCUCAAGAACAAAGAGUUGGAGUGCCCAAGUGCGGCACAUCCUCAUCGCCAGGAGCAACAGGGCGUUUCAGAUGUGCAUCAGGGGGGCAUGAACUGCCCACUGCAGCAACAGAAGCUAGCAGAGCGAGAAGCAAUUAAGGAGCUGCUUGCUAUGCCAGUUAGUAUGCUUGCCCAGUUGUUGGUGCAAAGCCCUCACCUGUUUGUUGACCCUGAAAGCAUCAGAGGACGUGAAGAGCUGCAGUGGCAACUGAGGGAACUUUCCCUUAUUCAUCCAACAACUAUGCUGGCGGCAGUUAGUGAGGGGGUCGCCUAUCAUCACGCCGGCUUGAGUGGUGAGGAGCGGGCGUUGCUGGAGGCCGGAUUUCGCAGAGGCCACUUGAAUGUGUUGUGCGCAACGUCGACACUUGCUCUAGGAGUCAACUUGCCGGCUGCUCGCGUCAUAAUUCGUGCUCCGCACUUAGGAAGAGAUGAGCUCUUGUCUCCCGGCCGCUUCCACCAGAUGGCCGGUCGUGCGGGUCGGAAGGGGCUUGAACAUGGGUAA